AUGACGGUGAAACUAAUUGAUGGAAGGUGGGAGGUCAUAUUUUUUGUGGCAGAGCACAACCAUGAGUUGAUAACCAAGCCCUCUCUCACAAAGUACCUGCUAUCACACAAGAAUAUAUCGCCCAAAGAAGAGGCAUUCCUGAGAAUAUUGGACGACUGCAAUCUUGAGACAGGUCAGAUGAUGACGCUCAUGUCCACGUUCUAUGCGAACGUGUUUAUUGUGCCGUACACCACAAAAACAGUCAGCAACUUCCGCUCGAAGAUCAGGUCUGAGAGGAAGGGUGAUGACAUGGCUGAAACGGUGUCAUACUUCAUGGCGAAACAGGAAGAGGACCUAUCCUUCUACUUCAAUGGGAAGCUAGAUGAGAACGAGAGGGUGGAGUUGCUGUUCUGGGACUAUGCUAUGAGGGCCUCGAUUGCAAACGUGUUCCCAAACACCGUCCAUCGCAAUUGUCGAUGGCAUAUCAUGAAGAAGGCACAAGAGAAGCUCGGUUCUUUUUUGGGUAGGAGGCCUGCUGUGUCGCAAGACUACAAUGAGUGUGUUGAUAUGAGUAUGACUCCAGAUGAGUUCGAGCAGAAAUGGGCAACUUUUCUUGCGAAGCACCAGCUAGAGGAGCAUGCUGACUUUGCGCACCUCUACAACAUAAGGAGGACAUGGCAAUAUGAGAAGAUCCAGGUUAAGAUCCUCGUGAAGGAAGGGGGCAACGACUACAGGACAGAUCAUCUAACGCAAGCUACUUGGUCAUCCUACCCCAUUGAGAAGCAGGCUUUCGCAACUUACAUCCGUGACAUCUAUGUGAAAUUCAGGGAUGAGUUCAUGUUGACAGGGAGGUACAACGUUCGCCCCCAGCAGAGCGACCUCUACCGGCUCGAGCCCAACAUGACGUACUGUCAAUUCUAUGGUAGUAGAAGUUACUUGGUUCUUCCUCGAGUAGGCGACGAGGAGUACAGUUGUGAGUGUGGUAAGAUGAAGCGGGAUGGGUUGCUGUGCUGCCACAUCUUGAAAGUGUUUACUCACCUUGGGAUUGAUGAGAUACUCGGGCGGUAUAUCAUGAGGAGAUGGACACAGAAUGCUGUCCCGUGGGAAGUUGCUCAUCCAGAUGAGACGCAAUCAGACGCCUUCCCGCCGGAAUCAUUGAAGCAAAUAAGAAUGGAAAGAUGCAAAGAGGAGGAGGGAGACAGCAGCAUGUAA